CAAUCUAUUUCAGUGAAUUCGGAAACUGGAAUGAUGAAAUAGCAUUUCUGACUUAAUGUGAAACUAAAACAGGAACCAGGAGUCUGUCCUUAUCACAAAGCUCUCUUCACAAUUUAGCUCAAGACGUCUCAGCUCAUGUUCAAGAAACUCUACAAUGGAGAACGACAGUGUGAGCGACAGUGAGGAUGUGGUUUAUUUUUGUGAUGAGAUAUUUGAUUUUGCGACCAUCAGUGGUUCCUUAUUCUUGUUGGUCUUCAUCAUCAGUCUCGCUGGCAACAGUCUCCUCUUAAUUGUCCUUGUUGUUAACAAGAACCUGAAAAAUGUCACAAAUCUGCUUGUCCUGAACCUGGCCUGCUCAGAUUUGGUCUUCACCGUCACACUUCCAUUCUGGGCCACAUUUUACCUGCACAACUGGGUGUUUGGGGACUUUGGCUGCAAAUUUAUUGCUGCUGCAUAUUUUGUCGGUUUGUACAGCAGUGUUAUUCUACUGACUGCCAUGACUGUGGAUCGUUUCAUUACGGUGGUGCUGCAAAAAUGGCCAAGCAACAGUGUAAGGCAGAGGUGUGCCAUGGGUGCGUGUGCAGCUGCAUGGGUCAUCAGCAUUGCUGUAUCCCUGAGUGACGCUAUGCACGUGAAGGUGGAAACCCACUGGAAUAAUGUUACAACAUGUGAGUAUUCCUCCGAUGACCCUGACUUCAAGCUUGGAUAUUAUCUCCAAGUGUCACUGCUUUUCUUCCUUCCCUUUGUUAUCAUUGUUUUUUGCUAUACUGCCAUCCUUAAGACUGUUUUGGGGUCUUCAAACAGAAAGAGGCGCAGGACUGUAGUGGUGGUAUUUUGUAUUGUUUCAGCCUUCUUCAUCUGCUGGGGGCCUUACAAUAUUAUACUUCUCAUUGAACGUUGGUAUGAACCCAAACGCUGUAAUGCCAAAGAACGCUUGAUCAUUGCCUUUCACAUUUGUGAGUUGCUUGGAUAUUCUCACUGCUGCGUGAACCCUCUGCUUUAUAUGCUCUCACAAAAGGUACGAAAACAACUGUUGCAUCUUUUAACCUGUAACAAAGUGUUGAGGGAGAAAAGGGAGAAAGGCAUAAUCCCAAACCUUUCUGUUACUCAGAAUGUACUGGAACUGCAUCAAAAAGACACUUAGUCAAGUCAAUUCUAAAAUUAAGUGUGUGGUUGUGUGUGUAUGUGUGUGUGUGUGCGUGCGUGCGUGCGCACGCGCGCGCCAAGCAAAUGAUGCAUGUAUAAAAAAACAGUUAGACAUCAGUAUGUCAUCAUUGGGUUUAAAUACAUUAACGUUGAUGUGAUAAUAGCUGAUGUUAACUAAAAGCCAAUGUGGUUCUUUACAAUAGUGACAGUCUGACUUGUAAUGCCAUGAAAGUGUGUGUUCUAGCCUUUAUUGUCAUUGAAGAUUUAAUGUGAUACAAUGUCUUAAGGCAAAAUCUGUUAUACAAGUUAAAAUUAAAAAACAAAUAUGAUUCCACUUUAAAAUGUUUUUUUAAACAUAGACAUAACAAUAGAAAUAUCCAUCAUUUUUCAAUGCUUCUAUAUGAUUAUGUUAUACUGAGAUAAUAUUUAGGUACGAAAAGCCAUUGUUUUGAUCUCAGAUGAACUAUGGCAAAUGACACUCCUCAGUGUCUUAUGUGAAUAUAUGUCUUAAUAUCUUUCCAACCAUAAAUUACAGAUCAAGCCUCUCACAAAGGGACAUAGGAUAGGGCAUUUUUUUAUGUACAAGCUGUAUGUCAAACAUUAUUACCUGCACAUCAGAUGUUAUAUUUCUGUCCGCAUCUGUUUAUUCUCUGUCUUCAUAUGUGCAAGCACCAAUUAGCCAGCCAAUGUUCCCACAUGGACCCUCUGUAACUGCAAAUAAAGCAAUUCUGAAUCAUGUUAA